AUGGGCACGUCCGCGCUCUGGGCGCUCUGGCUGCUGCUGCUCGCGCUGUGCUGGGCGUCCGGGGAGAGCGACGCCACCGGAGCAGGAAGAAAAGCCAAAUGUGAAACUAACCAAUUCCAGUGCACAAAUGGCCGCUGCAUCACACUGUUGUGGAAAUGCGAUGGGGAUGAGGACUGUGCUGAUGGCAGUGACGAAAAGAACUGUGAGAAGAAGACGUGUGCCGAGUCUGACUUUGUAUGCAACAAUGGCCAGUGUGUCCCCAGCCGAUGGCAGUGCGAUGGGGAUCCCGACUGUGAAGAUGGCUCUGAUGACAGCCCAGAACAGUGCCAUAUGAGAACGUGCCGCACAAAUGAAAUCAGCUGUGGCGCCCACUCUACUCAGUGUAUCCCAGAGUCCUGGCGAUGCGAUGGUGAGAAUGAUUGUGACAGUGGAGAAGAUGAAGAAAACUGUGGCAACGUAACGUGCAGCGCUGAUGAGUUCACUUGUUCCAGCGGCCGCUGCAUCUCCAGGAACUUUGUGUGCAACGGCCAGGAUGACUGUAACGAUGGCAGUGACGAGCUCAACUGUGCCCCACCGUCCUGCGGUGCCCACGAGUUCCAGUGCAGCGCCUCCUCCUGCAUCCCCCUCAGCUGGGUGUGUGACGACGAUGCCGACUGCUCGGACCAGUCUGAUGAGUCCCUGGAGCAGUGUGGCCGCCAGCCCGUGAUUCACACCAGGUGCCCAGCCAGUGAGAUCCAGUGUGGCUCUGGCGAGUGCGUCCACAAGAAGUGGCGGUGUGACGGAGACUCGGACUGCAGGGAUGGCAGCGAUGAGGUCAACUGUCCUUCUCAAACCUGCCGGCCAGACCAGUUUGAAUGUGAGGAUGGGAGCUGCAUCCAUGGCAGCAGGCAGUGUAAUGGCAUCCGAGACUGUAUCGACGGUUCUGACGAAGUCAACUGCAAAAAUGUCAAUCAGUGCUUGGGCCCCGGAAAGUUCAAGUGCAGAAGCGGGGAAUGCAUAGACAUCAUUAAAGUAUGUAACCAGGAACAGGACUGCAGGGACUGGAGUGACGAGCCCUUGAAAGAAUGUCAUGUAAAUGAAUGUUUGGUUAACAAUGGCGGAUGCUCCCAUAUCUGCAGAGACUUGGUUAUAGGCUAUGAAUGUGACUGUGCAGCUGGGUUUGAGCUGAUAGACAGGAAAACCUGUGGAGAUAUUGACGAAUGCCAAAAUCCGGGAAUCUGCAGUCAAAUUUGUAUCAACUUAAAAGGCGGUUACAAGUGUGAAUGUAGUCGUGGCUAUCAGAUGGAUCUUGCCACUGGCGUGUGCAAGGCUGUAGGGAAAGAGCCAAGUCUGAUCUUCACUAACCGCAGAGACAUCAGGAAGAUUGGCUUAGAGAGGAAAGAAUAUAUCCAACUAGUGGAGCAGCUAAGGAACACGGUGGCUCUCGAUGCUGACAUUGCUGCCCAGAAGCUAUUCUGGGCUGAUCUGAGCCAAAAGGCCAUCUUCAGCGCCUCCCUUGAUGACAAGGUUGGUAGACAUGUUAAAAUGAUCGACAAUGUCUAUAAUCCUGCAGCCAUUGCUGUUGAUUGGGUGUACAAGACCCUCUACUGGACUGACGCGGCUUCUAAGACUAUUUCAGUAGCUACCCUGGACGGAACCAAGAGGAAGCUCCUGUUUAACUCGGACUUGCGAGAGCCUGCCUCCAUAGCCGUGGACCCCCUGUCUGGAUUUGUGUAUUGGUCAGACUGGGGUGAGCCGGCUAAAAUAGAAAAAGCAGGAAUGAAUGGAUUUGACAGACGGCCGCUGGUGGCAGUGGAUAUCCAGUGGCCUAACGGAAUUACACUUGACCUCAUAAAGAGCCGUCUCUAUUGGCUGGAUUCCAAGUUGCACAUGUUAUCCAGUGUGGACUUGAACGGCCAAGAUCGGAGGAUAGUGCUCAAGUCUCUGGAGUUCCUGGCCCAUCCUCUCGCACUAACGAUAUUUGAGGAUCGUGUCUACUGGAUAGAUGGGGAAAAUGAAGCCGUCUAUGGUGCCAAUAAAUUCACUGGGUCGGAGCUGGCCACUCUAGUAAACAACCUCAAUGAUGCCCAAGACAUCAUUGUCUAUCAUGAGCUCGUCCAGCCAUCAGGUAAAAAUUGGUGUGAAGAAGACAUGGAGAAUGGAGGAUGUGAAUACCUAUGUCUGCCAGCACCACAGAUUAAUGACCACUCCCCAAAAUACACAUGCUCCUGUCCCAACGGGUACAACCUACGGGCAAAUGGCCGGGAGUGCCAAAGGAUCAACAUGACCACAGCAGUAUCGGAGGUCAGUGUUCCCCCAAAAGGGACUUCUGCUGCCUGGGCCAUCCUUCCCCUCUUGCUCUUAGCCAUGGCAGCCGUAGGUGGCUACUUGAUGUGGCGGAACUGGCAACACAAGAACAUGAAAAGCAUGAACUUUGACAAUCCUGUGUACUUGAAGACCACUGAAGAGGACCUGUCUAUAGACAUCGGUAGACACAGUGCUUCAGUUGGACACACGUACCCAGCAAUAUCAAUUGUAAGCACAGAUGAUGAUCUAGCUUGA